AUGACGCAGACAACAACUGCGAGACAGGGCAAUGGCAGUGAUAAAGGAAUAUUCUCUAACACGGCCGGCUUUAGCACUCUGAUUACUGUUACGGUAUUGUCAUUGGCUUGGCUGGCCGGUUUCGCAUCCCGGCUAUUUGCUGUAAUACGGUUCGAAAGUAUAAUACACGAGUUUGACCCAUGGUUCAACUACCGAUCCACGGCGUACAUGGUGGAGCAUGGGUUUUACAACUUCCUAAACUGGUUCGACGAGCGCGCCUGGUACCCACUGGGUCGUAUCGUCGGCGGCACUGUGUACCCUGGUCUCAUGAUCACAUCAGGCACAAUUCACUGGAUCCUCCACACCCUAAACAUUCCCAUACACAUUAGGGAUAUCUGUGUGUUCCUCGCACCUGUGUUCAGUGGCUUGACUGCCAUUGCAACAUACUUGCUGACAUCUGAACUAUGGUCUCGUGGAGCUGGUCUGUUUGCUGCCUGCUUUAUAGCCAUAGUACCCGGCUACAGCAGUCGCUCAGUAGCUGGGAGCUACGACAACGAGGGUAUUGCCAUAUUUGCCCUGCAGUUCACUUACUACUUAUGGCUGAAGAGUUUGAAGAAUGGAUCAGUUUUCUGGUCUAUUUGCACAGCCCUGUCAUACUUUUACAUGGUGUCAGCAUGGGGUGGCUACGUAUUCAUUAUCAACUUGAUCCCUCUGCAUGUGUUCCUGCUGCUGAUAAUGGGCCGAUUCUCCCAGAGAUUAUUUGUGAGCUACACCGUAUUCUACAUUGUAGGACUGCUCAUGUCUAUGCAGAUCCCCUUCGUUGGAUUCCAGCCGAUCCGGACUAGCGAACAUAUGGCGGCUUCUGGUGUAUUCGCGUUGCUGAUGGCAAUUGGUGCACUGAAGUACCUGCACAGUUUGAACCCCAAGGGUCAGUGGAAGCAGCUGCUGAUCCUGGGCGGUCUGGCUGCUGCCGGCGCCGUGUUCCUGGCUGUCGUGUUGCUGACAUACGCUGGAGUCAUCGCGCCUUGGAGUGGAAGAUUCUACUCUCUAUGGGACACGACAUACGCAAAGAUCCACAUUCCUAUCAUCGCGUCAGUGUCAGAACAUCAACCUACGACCUGGUCAUCGUUCUUCUUCGACCUUCACGUCCUCGUGUGCACCUUCCCCGUCGGCCUGUGGUAUUGCAUCAAGCAUAUCAAUGAUGAAAGAGUUUUUGUGGCUCUAUACGCUUUGAGUGCGGUGUACUUCGCUGGUGUGAUGGUCCGAUUGAUGCUGACCCUGACGCCCGUGGUCUGUGUACUGGCAGGCAUUGCGUUCUCCAUACUUUGUGACCUCGUCCUCAGGGAGGAGGAACUGCCCACUCAACAAGACGAAACUGAAGAGUCUAAGAGUUUGUAUGACAAGGCCGGUAAACUAAAGAAGCGUACACACGAGCAGCCCGCGCCAGUGGACCCUGGACUCGGCAUGAACGUCCGCUCCGUGACGUUGAUACUGAUCAUGAUACUGCUCAUGCUGUUCUCCGUGCACUGCACCUGGGCCACCUCUAAUGCAUACUCCAGUCCUAGUAUUGUGCUCGCUAGCUACGGAAAUGAUGGAACUCGUAAAAUCCUGGACGACUUCAGAGAAGCUUAUGGCUGGUUGUCGCAGAACACUGCUGAAGACGCGAGGGUCAUGUCGUGGUGGGAUUAUGGAUAUCAGAUCGCGGGCAUGGGUAACCGGACGACGUUAGUAGACAACAACACGUGGAAUAAUUCCCACAUAGCGCUCGUGGGCAAGGCAAUGGCCAGUAACGAGUCGGCUGCCUAUGACAUAAUGACUAUGUUGGACGUGGACUACGUGCUGGUGAUAUUCGGAGGAGCUAUCGGAUACUCCGGCGAUGACAUCAACAAGUUCAUCUGGAUGGUCCGUAUCGCUGAAGGAGAACAUCCCAAGGAUAUUCAUGAAGCUGAUUACUUCACAGAGCGAGGCGAAUACAGGGUCGACUCGGAAGCGUCGAAAACUAUGUUGAACUGUCUAAUGUACAAACUAUCAUAUUAUAGAUACGACAGUGGCGGUAGUCCGCCAGGCUACGACAGGACACGCGGGGCGUUGCCAGGCAACCGCGGCUUCAAACUCACUUACCUAGAGGAAGCUUACACUACUGAACACUGGCUGGUCCGGAUAUACAGAGUGAAAAAACCAGAUGAGUUCAACCGUCCACGCUUGCCGCUUGCAAAACGAACAGUCCCGACUAGCAACACUAUAUCUAAAAAGCAUGCCUUAGGAGGCGGACCGAUGACAACUAAAAGACGAAAAGGCAUGCUGAAAAACAAACCGACGAUCGUGAAGGGUAAGAAGGCGGUGAAGUUGGAGUGA